CCCGGCGCCAGCAGCAGCCAAGAUCGCGUCAGAACAAUCCCAAAUUUGCCACACAUCUGCGAGCCGAGAGGCGAUUUAUGCCGAAAACGCCCCACGCGGCGCACAGCGGCAGACGACGGCCGAUGAGGUAAAUGGAGCAGACUUGGCCGGCGGCCAGACCAUUUCGCCAGCGCCACUGCAGCAGAAAAAUAAAGAUGACGCGCGCGGGCAGCACGUAGUCGAGAGCAAAAUAGAAGAGCCUCGUCUUUCUCCGAUGGCUACCGCCCCGAGCGGCUGCGGUCCCUCGUAUGCCGACGUGCUCCGCGGCCAAAGGGCCCAGCAGCACCAAGAUGGCCUUGAGGAGCCGCUGCCGCCCCAGGUGACGGAAUUGUCUUCUGCAGAACGACCGGAAACAACAGGUGAGCCAGCUGUUGCCGAGAUCGAACAGGAAGGUAAAGAGGAAGUUGUUGAAAAUGUGGAAAUUUUUAUCGAGAGCCACGUGCCCAUUACCUUUGAGGAAAUCGAAACGCCGCAGCAACAGACGGAACCUUUGCCAUCUACCUCGAAAGAAGCAGACUCGAGCUUAAAAGGUGAGACCUACGCCCAGGUUCUGCUGAAGGGAGCCAGGAGACUCCUCCACCGAGAACAUAACAAGAGCAUUAUGAGACAGACGAAGUCAACCGAAAAUCUAGAACAUAGGAAAGAUGGAAUUUUUGGGUCGCAGGUAUUUGAGAGGAAGGAGGUGCACCGCAGCUCACCCAUGCUGGCGCCCAGAUUGGUGGCCGCGCGUGACAGGAGCUACGAGAGGAGCGUCAGUCCGCUUGCAAGGAGGUUUAGGAGAGGCAAGUUGGAAAAAACCAACAGCGAGGAGGGCAAAAAGAGCUGGAAAAGCACCGAAGCGCUUCGUAAAGAACGCAGCGUCAGUCCCUUCACCAGGGUGGUGUACAAAGGGAGACCGCAUAAAAACCAGGGCGAGGAGCGGUGGAAAAGUUCUGAAGCACUUUCUCCCGUGGAGCCGAAGCCAAAGCCAGAAUUUUUACAACGAGAAAUUGUGAAAAAAGAAAAGCAGCCUAAGUUGGAAGUUCAGAGUGUAAAAUUGGAAAUUGUGGAAAAGCAGAAAACACCGGUCAGUUCUUCAGAUUCGGACGCGGCCCAAAAUUCGCCGCCAAAACCAAAGCCGAGGAAAAAAUUAAAGAAGAGUAAGAGCGAGGACAAGCCCGCGCCUCCACCCGAGCCGGUAGAAAAACAAGACGAGAGAGCGUCAGAGACAAAGCAGAGCAAAGUUGGCACGGACGACGCUCAAGCUAAUAAAUCGUCGGCCGCUAUGCCCGUUCCGACCAAAAGAACCAAACAAAAGAGCAAAUUUAAAAAAGUCAAUAGCGAGGAGAAGGCGGCUAAUUCACAACACGUGGAGGUAAUCAUGCCGUCUGAAGAAGUUCCGGCCGCUGUUUCAGUUUCUGAAGAAAGUGCAGUCCCUGAGGAAUAUGCUGGUGCCCUGCGAAAACCAAGUGUGGUUGCACCACACGGUGGUGAUGAUGAGUUUUUCAUUCCCCCAGGCAUGGAUUUUGAAUUUUUGUCUAAACCAAUUAUCACCCACUCAAAUUUGUACCUCAACGAUGAGCAGAAAACAUCCUACUCUAUAGAAACGGAGGUCAUUCACAAAAAGUUUGACGUGGUUGCUGUCGAAAUGAUGCCGAGCGACGAUGACCUCCUCGAUAUUUCUCCCCCAAGUUUUCCACCCAGCCUAUCUGGACACGAGGUGCUUUCGGACAUUCAGGUAUGCCACCUUCCUGUCCAUACUACGGAAGAAGUGAUCUUGGAGGCAUCCAAAAAUAUCAACCAAGUAUUCAAUUUGGAAAAUGCUGAUGUCUUGAGCGCUCCUCCGGCACCUCAGAUCAAAAGUACGCCGGCCCCGCAAGUUUUGCAACGCUCCUAUUUGAGUGAAACAUCAAAUGCGAGCGAAGAGCUGAAAGAUUUGAGCCAUGAAGAGCAGCCGAUUGCACAGGAGACGGCGGUAGUCACCACCGAGAUUAUUUUGUCAAGUGCUGAAAGCACACAGAACCAAGUACUGAGUCAACCUGAAAUCGUAGAUUCAAAAUUAGUUUCAGAGGAAGUACUCACUUACGAAGAAAAUAUUUUGACUGAAAAUGCCUCGGUGGUGCCGCUUGAGCCCUUGCAGGGCAAGGUAGAAAUACUUCUCGAUACCCUGGAAGACAAUGACGAAUCCGUGGUAAAAUUUGAAAGUGCAGAAAGCUGUGAAAUCCCGCCUUUGGAAACGGAAAUAAAAACUUCCACGGCAAAAGUCAUCCAAGUGCUUGAAAUUGUGGAACAAAUUUCAACAACUGAAGUAAAGAAAGAAAAUCAAGCUGAGGAAAUAGUUGUGGUAAAAACUGAAGAACCAGAUGUAGAGCAAAAUGAAAUUUUACAGAACGGAAAUCACGAAGUAGAAACACAAAUUACAGUGCACCGCAUCAAGAGCAGAGUGUUGCCUUCGUUUUGGCUCAAUUACUUCCUUUAUCGGGACGCAGAAAACAAAUCCAUAAGCCAGUCUUUGCCUAGUCAAUCCCAACAAAAUGUCACUGAAAUAGUGGAUCGAAAAGAAAUGGAUAAAGCACCAGAAAAAUCCAUUGAAGUUGAGAUGAAAAUACAAUCAGCUCAAAAAAAGCAAAUGAACAUUGUACCUAGAGACAUGAUCGGCUUUUCAGAACCAAAAUCUCAUGCUGAUGAUCGUCAAAAGGAGCAAACGACCUUAACAAUGCAAGAUCCCUUGACGAACGAAAAGAUAAAUCGGGAAAAUUACCAUCUGGCGCGCGAUGCUGAAGCCAAAUUCCAAUCGCAGCCAACACAGUUUGUUUCACCAGCAAGCGAGGAAAUUAAAAAACAUGAAAAUGUAGAAAUUUUACUUCCGAGUGAAAAACAGCACGUCAAGCAGAUGGUCGACGCAUUUUGGGAUAAUUAUAACGCGUGUCAGGACGCCGAGAGGAAUUUCCAUAUUUUACUUAGCAAGGAAAUGGAGGAAAAACCUGCAGUGGAAGUAAAAUCUGCUGAAAUAAACAUUCCAAAAAUUGACCAGGCUGAAACACAAGAUAAACCAGUUGAAAGUGCAAAAGAAAUUCCGCUAAAAGAGCCUGAAACAGCACUUCAAGAAGUUAAGCAAGAAAAUUUAUCAGAAGAAAUCAAAACAAUAUCUGAUAAACUUGUUGACACAAGUGACGAGCUUUCUGCCACCAAAUCAAUAAUAGAGCAAACCACGGAACAACUGAAAAAGGAGUAUUCACUGGUAAGAGCAGAUUUCUGGGAAAAUUAUUCAGCCUGUCAUGACGCCGAGAUGAAAAAUGUAAGUGGGAUGCCAAAUUCCACCACCAAGGUUGACAUUCUUCAAGUCACAGAGGCCGAAUUAUCUCCGGCGCCAGUUGUAAAGAGAGAGCUGAUUGAGCGCGUUGCUGAAAUCGUGCCAAAAGAUGUUGGUGAAAAAUCAACAGUAAACACUGAUGUGCAAAUAGAGCCACCAAAGGAACGUGUAAAUGCAAGAAAUGGGACUGGAAAUUGGGACUGCGAUAACAAGCAAAAUAACCAGCCUGAAAAUGUGCCCAUUAAAGCAAAUGUGUGUGAAAACGAUUCUAUCAUUCAAAAUGAUGAAAGUAAAAAAUUGGUGGCACUUGUUUCAUUUCCUGCAAAAGAAGAAAUUUCUAUGGCUAGAAAAGACAAAAAAGUCAUUGAGGAGAAAGCGAAAAAAAUCACAAACGCACCAGAAACAAUAAAAUCGCAGCAAGGCAAUGAUGAAAUUCAACAAACUACGAGCGAAAUAGUAAAAUCUGAUUUUUGGGAAAAUUAUUCCAAGUGCCAAGACGCAGAACAGCAGUUACAUCUGCACCAAAGUAAACCCACGGCAGAAACCCCAAAAGUGACAGAAUUUAUUUUGGCCGCCCCGCUGGAGAGUGGCGAGCAAGCAGCUCCUCCCAAGAUGAAACUGAUCGAAAAAGCGGUGACUGCAUCAAAAAGCGCGGCCGAAGAGGUGGCCUCGUGUGAGCCUGUGGCAGAAAUUAUACCAGAAGUUAGUGCCAAAACAACAGCUCCGCGCCUUGACUUGUUCCACGGUACUUUUAAUUAUGACCUAAUUGCGCUUGAGGAUGCCGAAAAGGCGUUCCAAGAAAAAAAGUGCCAAGCUAAAGUUAGCCGUGACGUGGUGGCUCCUCCAGCAGCGCCGAAAGUAGAACAGAAUUUGAAAACGAGUCCUGCCGAAGCCCGAGUUACUUUGAUCCCUGCAAGUCCUGAGAAGAGCCUGUCGGGUCCAGAAGAAGCGCCAACGGACGAGAAAGAGAAAAGGCUUUCCAACAGCCAGGACAUUGAAAAUCUCUUUGAUGAGCUCGCCGGUCUCGUGAGCAAAUAUGAGAAUGACGUGAAAAAUCUACCCAGAGAGGAGCUAAAGUCGUCGAUUGACUCGCUCGAGAGCCUGCUGGACGAAUUCAUGCGAUGGGAAAGAAAGGUGAAUGACGUGUUGGCUGAUAUCAAUUCGCACGACUCUGAGGAAGCCCCUGAGGACUUGGCCAACUUGCAACAGAUUGUACAAGUUCUCCUUUCAUCAGCAUCACAAGGCAAAAAUGCCAUUAUUGAAAUGCUGGCGGCUGCAGCUCAAAACAAAUCGCCACCUAGAGAGACAGCUGAAACUGCCCCUCUUGCAGUCGAAAAACAGCCAGAAAUAUCUGCAUAUGAAAACGAGCCAGAGAAAAAUAAUAAAAACCCACCGAAGAAGGAAAAAGAAAUCAUUGGAGCUGUUUCUACGGAAUUGAAAAUUACAGAGGUUGUUGAGACUUCGGUUGCUGAAAGCUCUUCAGAGCCACAAUCAAUAUCAGAAACGUCCUCUGAAGUUUCCAUACACGUUUCGGCCGAUACCGAUGCAGACGUUCAGCUGAAAAUUGCUGUUGUGGAAGAAGAUAAAUCUGAACCAAAGGCAAAAUCUAGAAACAAGAAGAGAGGCAAAAAGGGAAAGGAGAAACAGCAGCCGGAAACAGAACCAAAAGCAGUACAGGAGGCGGCAAAGAACACCCCCCAGUUAGAACUAAAAUUAGAACAAGAAAAAUUACCAGAAACAAUUCAAAAACUGGAAAAGGCAGUUUCACCAGAACCACCUCCGCAAAAAGAAAAGCAAAAAUCACCAGAACCUGUGCUUGAAGUGGAAAAGCAAAAAUCGCCGGAACCAAUUCAAAAACUGGGAAAGGCGGUUUCACCAGAACCACUUCCACAAGUAGAAAAGCCAAAAUCGCCAGAACCCGUGCUUGAAGUAACGGCCACAGUAGAGCCGGUAUCACAGGUUUUUGUCGAAAUACCAGCAGAUCAUGCUCCUAAAGAAGCCCCUAUCCUUGACAUCGAACAGGAACCGCUACAUGAGGCCGAGGAUUUGGUGCAGAUGACUCAGUUCCUUCAGAGAUCCACUCCUGAGAUGCAAUUUGACCCCGAUGAAAUAUAUAAAACAGCCACCAGGACGAUGAUAUUGACGCAAAACACGCAGGUAGCGACUGUCACGCGGAGUGUCUUUGUUGGCGACGUGCCAGUGAGUGAGCCUGAAGUUUGCCAAGUUGUGACACACUCCAGAGUUGUCGGCGAGGAAGAGCGGUUGCAGACGGAGGCUAACGGCAAAAAGGAAAUGGUUGUUCACCAGAAAAUCGUGACCUCCACUUGCACUCCGGAGCAGAUGCAGGGAACUUCUGUCGUUGAUAUUCAGGAGAUCACAGACGCCCCACAUGAAUUGCAAGCUCUGAUUGACGAUUACGAGCCAAAAUCUAGCUCACACGUGACCACUAUUCUGCAACAAUCCUCUAGAAGAGUUGUCAGAAAAAUUAAAAGAAUUAUCAGGAGAGUUGUGAUAAUUGAUGGUAAGGAGCAGGAGGUGGAGGAAAUAGUCGAAGAACCUGAAGAGAUGGAAAUUUUGGAGUCAAGCGUUCCACAGCUAAGCAUUCAGUAUACAAAAGAGACACAGCCAGCAGACAAAAAGGACGAUGACAUCACCUCUACAAUCCAGCAGGAAAUUUCUACUCAAGACAACACGAUUGAGUCUAGUCUGGCCCAGUCGAUGUCAGUACCGUUGAGUGAAGCUGAUAAAACUUCUGCAGAAACUACUCCUCGUGACUCGGUAGGUCAGCAGUCGUCAACAGGUGCAAUUCCAAAAGCGCAGCGCAAGAAGAAAAAUAGAGGCCGCAAGGGUAAGGAGCGAACACCUACUGAAAGUCAAGAGACUUCUCAGACUUCGACUGAAGUUUUGGAAGAGGACACGAUGCCCAAUACACCGGUUGACCUCGAAACGGACAAGUCUGAAUCGGAGCAAACGUUGACGGUUGCAGAAUCAUCUCACGUAUCAACACCAGUGCCAGCUCAGGAGAUCAAAGCACCAUCAGUAAAAAUCAGAAUCAGUGAAGGUUCUCCCAAGGUUGAGUUAGAAAUUUGCACGAAUUUGCUUCAAGAGCAGUCGGCACUAGAAAGCGAUGUUAAAAUUUCCUGCUCCAUCGAGGAUUUAGAACAAACUUCUUCUGCAACACCAACUGCCGAUCUGGAGCCUCUCCAAAAGGGCAGAAAGGGCAAGAAGGGCAAGGGCAAAGUUCUUGUAAAAAGCAUUACCUCCACAGUGUCCAUUUCAAAUGGAAAUUCCAAUCAUGACGAGAAGCCAGCUCCAAUUGUUGAAGUUGUUCAGAAGGGCGGAAAGGGUAAAAAGAAUAAAGGCAAACAAAAGCAGCCAUUGGAGGAACAGCAGGUAUCCGGAGGCGAUGAAUCUAAAUCUGAAAGUACUGCUUAUGAAAUUCACGUGCAGACAACUGUGACGGAAGAAACAUUCCAAACAAGACCACCAAAAUCUGAGUCACCGAUUCAAAUUACAGAAAUAACUGAAAAGGAGGUCAAACCUCAAUUUGAAGGCCAUAUAAGGGAUGAACCAUCACAAGUUGAAAUUUCUGAAAUUAUUGACGAGUCCCAAGAAAUGAAGGAUGAACAAACGGAAAUCAAGCAAGACUUCAAUGAGUUUAUCCAGACCAAAGAAGAACCAGAGGGCAGAAUAAAACCAACAGAAUCAUCAGUCAAUGAAGCGAAAACUCAAAUUUCCAACAUGAUCGCCAAAAUGGCGUAUAAGAAAAUGCUUCCAAAGGAAAGCAUUGCGCGCAAGAGAACAUCUCUGAUUCUAGAAGUGCCCGAACAAACUCCAGAAGGCUGCAGAGCAACGGUCGCAGAGAAUCUGACUGCUUUGGCAUCACAAACUCAUGGAGAAAAUCGGGAGGUCCGCAUCAUCACAAUUCUCACUACCGUGUCUACCUGGCUGGAAGUCAUCGAGUACCAGUUGCACACGAUUCGCGAGCUGGGUGACUCCAGAGAGAGAAACACAGCUAUUCAAAACAUCAGAAGCAACUCUGAUCAAAUCCGAGUUGCUUUGGCGACGCUCCACGAAAGUGGGCAGAGCACUUUAGAGGGCCAGGAUGAGAUCCAGAAGUGCCUGGAUUCAGUAACUGAACAGCUAGAGGUGGUCGAACAUUUGACCCAAGAAAGCGAGUCCGACCUUGAGAACUUCAAUUCCAGCUGGCAGGAACUCUUGGAAAGUAUUGAACAGGCCAAGGCCAGAUACGCCGAAGGAGAGGCUGAGUUGUUCACUCUGCGGAGUAUCCCAAUUGGAGAAGAGCUCUUGGCCCAUCUUGAUGGAGCCCAACGUGAUAACCAGAUUCUUUCCCAGGCGUGCAAGAAAAUUAUCCAAAGGGGCCGUCUGCUUAUGAAGAGAUACCCGCAGAUCAGCAUUCCAGUAGAAAUCUUUGAGGUGGCUGAAAAUUCUCGGAAUUUAAGUCACAAUCUGGCUGCCGAGAAAGACAAGGCCUUGCAGAAAAUCGCCAUCACUGAAGAAUACAAGAGGACCAUCGAGGAAUUGGCGCAGAUUAUAGAAGUGGCGCAGGUGUUGGUCGAAAGUCCUCUGGUGGUCAACGACCGCGAACAGCUGCAGGAGGAGAUGCAGAAGCACCGCAAGUUCUUUGCCAAUCUGAGCCACUGCCAGCAAUUGCUCGAAUCGCUGGACACGAAAUUGGACGAGGAGAGCCGGGGUAGCCACGCCGAAUUGCACAAAAAUCUGCACAGCAAGGCAUCGCUUAUCUUAGACGAUGCUGCAUGCAAGGCGCAGAGGAUGGCUCUGGCCGCGUCCAGGUGGACUUUCUUGGAGCAGGGACUUAAAGAGGAGGACGCUUGGUUGAAGGUUGCGUUGCAACGGGUGCCAGAGUUGGAUCAGGUCACUUCCGCCGACUGCCAAAAAUACAUUUCACAAUAUCAGGCCCUAUUAAGUGACGUAACUGCUCACCACUGCCGAAUUCACGAGCUGACCUCAGUGGCACACUCGCUACAAGAACUUGUGACCUGCGGUGGCCUUGAGUCCACAUACCACAAGCACGCAGAUGCAGUCAGCAAGCUGCAGGAAACAAUCCAAUCGAAUCUGCAGAAGCUGAUGGCCUUCAAGCACAACUGGAACCGCUACGAAGACCUAAGUGAAAAGGUCGAGACGUGGGCUAGGGAGACCGAGAGCACUCUGAAGAACCUUUCAAACCAAAACUUGACCACUGCCAACAUGAGAUACUUUUGGGAAUUGAAAGCUCAGUAUGAAGUAUACACCCUGUCGAAGAACGAGGCAGCCGCCCAGAUGAACCAGGCGUUUGUUUCUCUGCACGUCGCUGACGAAAUGCUGCAGCGGCAGUUCCAAGGUCAACUGGAAGACCGCUGGCAGGUCAUUGCUGAGAAAAUCUCCACAAUCCAGGGCAAAAUCAGACACAAUCUGAGCCUGGACAACUCUGUGCUGGACAAAAUCGAGCUGAUGGAGACCGAGCUGAAGGACGUCCACACUUCCAUGAAUGAACUGACACAGAAAAUUCAGACUGAGGAGGACAUCCUGCUUUACAUCCAACGCCUACAAAUCCUCCUGCAAAGAUGCGAAAUCAUGGAAGAGGAGCUGAGUGCCUUGGGUCCGGCGUCUCCAUCCCAACUGGAGGAGGUGUCCAGGUUGAUCAACUCGUCCAGACGAUUGAGCCUCCAGCUGGGAGAGGAGAAGGAGAUGGCCAUCACCCUGAGGGACAAGUUCUCAGCCUUGGUGAAAGGGUUGGCACAGACAGCCCAUGUGCAGGAACUCAUCGGCAAAAAAUUGGAUGGCUGCGAGGAAAAGGAGACGCAGACAAGUGGAGCCGUCGAGCAGGCACUUCACGACUGCACGGUGAUUGAGUCCGACCUGGCCCUGCAAUGGCAAAAGUUGAUGCAGUUGCGCCAGGCGCUGCACAGCCUGCCCCUGAGUCUGAGGGCGUCCGUCAGCCCUGUCGGGGUGGAACGCGAAAUGUCCAGUCUGCAAUCGAGUCAUCUGCAACUGGAGGACAGGACCAAGGAGGUGUACGGCCGGUUGAGGAGCAAACAGCACGAGUGGCGCGCCUUCGACAAGAAACUCGAGGCCGUCCAGCAAAGUGUUCAGGAGACUGACUACAUGAUGGACCUGUUGACGGUCAGGGGCGGCCUCGACUACGAACAACUCAAAGUUGCCACUGAGAGGCUUGAGCGGCUGGUGGGGUCGCUGGGCCCGCGGGAGGAGCUGCUGUCGGAGCUGCAGUGCGCGGCGGUGCCGUUGGCGUCGACGAGCGCGCCAGAAGUCCGAGAGCGGGUCGAGGAGAGCGUCGCCUCGGCGGUCAGUGCGUGGCAUUUGACGAGCGGCAAGGUGCGCUCCCUGUGCUCGCGCUAUCAGGACGCAGUGCACCUUUGGCAGCGCUACCUCGUCGCCAACGACGCGCUCCGCCGCUGGACCGACCACCACGGAAACCUCGCCGAAGACGCUGAGGACCUCAAGGCGCUCGCCGCCCUUGCCAAGCACUGCGAAGAAUCGUUGCCUGAACAGGAGCAGCACAUCGAGGAGCUGCUGAGGCUCUCCGAGCAGAUCACGCAGCUUCUUGGUCUCGAAGAAUCGACAUCCGCAGGGCUGGCUCUGGUAAAGGACGUCGAGACGCUCAACAAGCGUCUCGGCAAUGUCCGCUCGGCCAUCAUCCAACUGGCGGAAGCCGCCGAAAAGCGCGCGCUCGAGGGAGAAGUGUGCAGUGACGACCUGAAAAACACAAGGAACUUCCUAGACAAUGUCCAGGAGUCUCUCUCUGCUGUUGAGGACCUGAACAUGAAAGACGCUGAAAAGCAGUUAGAAUCGCUGCGAGCACAACUGCUUUCCCUGAGCAAAGCCGAAAGUCAAAUUCACGCGAUUAGAGAAAAGUCUGUUGAAAUUAAUCCUUCCUCAGACACCGAAAACAGUCUUUGCAUAGUGGAGAUUCUGCAGCUUUGGCAACAAGUGUUCCGAGAAACAUUCCAACAGUACCACCGCCUGUCUGCUCGCCUUGUCCGCAGCCAAGAUGGUGCGGAGGCUUUGCGUUUGUGGCAAGAGUACCUGCAACAUGUACAGUCCUUUUUGUCCACCUCCAUUCCCAAAGACUACCAUAGUUUAACCGAGCAUCAGCAUCUUUGUGAGGUCCAUCAAAACCUUCUCUCUAGUCAACAGUCACUGCUGCAGUCUAAGCAAAUCGAAGCGAAAAAUGACAACACCAUUGACCUGGACCAGAAUCUGGUCGUCCAAUUCAGCACACUGACCAACCAGCACAACGAAACUUUGUCCAGAAUAAUGGACAGACAUGCACAGGUGAAGAGCCGCAUCUCUGCCUGGGACAAGUACCGGACAGAUCAAACCACCCUGCUGGCUUGGUUGAAGGAGAUGGAGAAAGAUCGAUACAAUCUGCAACUGCAAUAUGUGCACAUUCAGCUCAUCCCUAAGUCACUGACCCUCAUCAAAAACCUCCUGGAUAAAAUCCCAGAAGGACUGGCGCAACUCGACAAUCUGAAGCAGCAGCAGCUGCACUUGUUGGAGUUCUCAGACAGGACUUUAGCAGCUUCGAUUCAGAUGGAGCACGCUGCCAUCACCCAGCGCAUCAACAACUUGCAGGCCGGUCUUGAGACCUGGAGAGACUUCCUUUUGAGAGUCCUAGACUUGCAUACCAAGUUCGAUCAGCAGGCCACCGAGAUCCAAGGAACACUUAAUGAAGUAAAAACCGUCACAUGCAGGCCUUGUCCAACAUCAAACGCUGAAAUCAUAGCAACCAUUGAUGUUUUGAGAGGGCAAAGAACUGUUUUGACUGAAGUCAUUCCAAACCUCGAAGAACUGAAUGUAGUGCAUGAGCAGCUUAAAGAAUGUGUGAGUCCUUCUGAUGCAAAAAUGUUAAGCCAGCGAAUGUGGCUGCUUUGGCAGCAACACGGAGACCUCGACCACCAACUAUCUCUUCUGAUCCUCCACCUAGAAGAGAAAUUGGCUCUGAAAAAUGUCUUUGAUGCUAGACAAGUAAGGUUCCUCACAUGGGUUGAGGACAUUGAAUCGAGGGUGCAACUAACAAGGAGUGUCUACCCAAGCAGUCUAAUCGAAGACACAGGCCACAUGGAGAGAGAGGUCGAGAACGAAAUCACCCUCAAGGAAAGGGAACUUAACUGGCUGAAUUCCACUGGUGCCGAUUUGCUAACGGCUGAAAAUGACGAGGAGCGGAGACUGAAAAUUGCGGAGCAGAUUCAGCAGGUGCAGGACUCCUGGAAUCAGCUGCAGCUGGCCAAAAAGACAAAGACCACUAAAUUGAGCAGUUUACAACAGACGUUCACUCAGCUGGAAUUGCAAAUUUCUGAUCUCAGGACGUGGCUUUACAACAUGGAGGCUCAUCUUCUUACGCCACUCGUCUUCAAAUCCACCAAGGAGCAAGACAUUCAGGAGAAAUUAAAAGAGGCAGAGGAGAUCAAAAAGAGCAUUGAAAAGCAGAGCAGUAAUUUGGCUGCAACCCUGAACUUGUUCGAAAUGUUCCUGGUGGACUGUGACACAAACAAAAUGCUGAUAGACACCAACCCCUUGCAGCUGGCUGUGGAUUCCCUUGAAAAGCGUUGGGCGAAUGUCUGUGACCUUUCGGAAGAGCGAAAAGAGAAGAUUUCGACAGUCUGGGCCCACUUGCAGGAGCUUGAGCGCCUCUGCAGUGAGCAGGAAGAGUGGCUGACCGCUCAUGAACAAAGCCUCAAGCACAUCGAGGAGAGGAGUAAGGGAGUGCCAAAGGAGGAAGUGCAGCCCUUGGUUGGCGAGGUUGAGGGGCUGCUCGAACAGGUGGCGGCCAGGAACUCAACCCUGCAGCAGUUGGAGCAACAGUACUCAAAGAUGGUCAUGGAAAGUAGUGGCUCAUUCGACAAUCUGUGCGAAAUCACCUCGGCCAUGAGACAAUCGUUGGCUCGAUGGAUCCGUCUGCCUCAGAUUGCUUCCCUGUUGCUUUCAAAACUGAGGAAUUUGCAGCAGCACAACAGCCAGUUCAUCACGGCACACAACAAUGCUGUCAUGGCUCUGACCAAUGUCGACGUCAAAUUGACUCAGCUGCAGCAUCUCAAGUCCGAAAAUGAACCACCACAGCAAACGCUAAAAACCUUGAAGGAUCUUGAGGCAGAGCUGGACUCGCACAACGAUACAUUUGAAAAUGCAGACAGGCUGGGCUUAGCUGUGAUGCAGUCGAUGGAUGGGGAGGACUUUUCGUCAAUUCAGUCCAUGAUUGACGAGUAUCAAGAUCUGUGGAAAUCCAUUCAAAAGCGUAUUGGUGAAUUCCGCGCUUCCCUCGAAGCUGUUAAAGACAAACCUUCAAAAAAGAGCAAGAAGAAACAGCGGACCGAACAACAACAGGCAGAGUCUAAACCGGAGCUUAACCAAGAGCCUGCCCUGGUAAAUGAGAGCGUCCAGGUGUCUACGUUGGAAUUUGAGACUGACCAGGCGGUCCAGGUGGACACCCUGCCACCCCUGUUGAGACUGACCUCAAAGGAAGGUUACCAGAUGGAGCUUGACUCUGCGCUGAAGGAGUGUGCGGAAAAUCUCGACACCCUGCAGAACGCCAUCCACUGCACCACUCCCCAGAUUGCUGAGGCCACAAUUGCUGCAAAUAACUUGAUCCGUCUGAUUGGAAUGUGCCAGUCGUCAGUGGACUUUGUGAAGCAUCUAAGUUCAGUCCUGACAAACCAAAACCAAGCCACUCUGGAACUGGAUAAGCAGACAGAAAUUCAGUAUUUGAUCGAACGAUUCAACAAACUACUGGCAGAUGCACACAGCCGUGAGCAGCAUUUCAGAGAUGUCAGGUCCACUCACGAUGAAGCUUUUGCCAUUCAAUGUGAACAUGGCAACGCCAAAUUGACGUGUCCUCUUUGUACCAACAAAAACUGGCAGCAGCUGGACAACGACAUUUGGAGACUGGAAAAAUGGCUGCAGUACGCUGAAGGAACACAAAAGAGCCAGAAAACCCCACCGUCCAAUAUCGAGCAGCUCGAGGAUGUCAUUCAGGACAAUAGAGAAUUCUUGUUGGACCUGGAUAGCCACAAAAGUAUUGUAGUUUCCUUGAACAUUGUGGGCACUCACUUGGCAGACAACACUGAGGAUAAGGGCAAAGCAGAAGCCCUGCGAGCGAGACUAGCAACCAUGAACUCGAGGUGGGAAACCGUGUGCCAAAGAGCUGCCCAGUGGCAGACACAACUGCAAACCACCCUUCUUGAGAGCCGAGAAUUCCACAGCACAAUAGACGAGCUCAAUCUGUGGAUCGACAGAACCGAAAACUGCAUUCGACAAACCGAACCAAUCGACCUGACUGAAGACAUUUCGGUCAUAGAAAAUAAAUUUGACAAGUUUAGGGAGCUGAAGUGCGAGCUGGAGCGGUGUGAGCCUAGAGUAAUUUCUCUGCAAGAGGCGGCAGAGCAAUUGCUGCGCCACUGUGACGCCCCUCGGGGCUCCAACACGUGGAGUAGGCUCACCGACCUGCGGCUCCGACUGCAGUCCCUGCGUCGCCUGUGCGGCGUCUACAUUGUCAAACUGGGCGCUGUGUUGGGCCGAGAUCCUGCCGAAUUCAGCUCAAUCCGACCAACCAAUCUUGCUUCCACAUCUCUCUACAGCCUUCCCCCUCUUGUGGACCAAGCAGGUGCUUCCAGACUGUCAGCGAGUGCAGAUGAGCUGCGUCACAACAGACCCGGCGAAAGCGGCGAUGAAGUUGACACAACAGUCCUAAGCCGCAGCUGUCAGUUCCUGGGACGCGUGGUUCGCGCUUCGUUGCCCAUCCAGGCGCUCAUGCUGCUCCUGCUUGGGGUGGCGGCCCUGGUGCCCUCGACACAGGAGGACUUCUCUUGCACGAUGGCCAAUACUUUUGCCAGGAGUUUCGAACCCAUGCUCAGAUACCCCAAUGGUCCACCGCCUAUCUAAAAGAUGAGAGGGGCUUCUGUCAAACCAAUACUUUGCAUUUAGACGACAACUUUGGAUAGAGACAUUUGGUCAAAAAGAAAAGUUUCCAUCCCACACUCGCAAGUUGGAUAUUGAGUCGAUUUUUUGCCUAAAUUACAGCUCUGAAGGAACUAAAUUUUGUUAAGACAAACUUCCCUAAAUUAUGUCGCUUUACUCUCAUUACUGUUGUUUGUGAAUUUUUAUUGAGACGUUGAAUUUGAUGAAUAUAUUUUUAAAAGAAUCAGAUCAAUUUUUCACGUCUGAUUUUGUAAGGAGUGUUGCAGCUAAUCAAACAAUUGACUAUCCACACAUACUGUAAUAUUCGUAAAACCUGCGCUUUCUACAUUUACCCGAGUAAUCUAAUGAAAGAAAAUAAAAAAUUGAGAGAGGCAUUUUGGCAUCUUUUUACAGGCUAAUUACGGUCCAAUUAGCCUGUGAAACUUUUCAACAAAAACGCCUCUGCGUCCCUUAAAUUACAUCUUCCCUUCAGUCAAGGUUUUACUAGUCCUAACCAAGGGUAUGGAAUUUUUGAUUAACAACCGAAGUAAUAUAUUGAAAUGCAAUGAGAAAAGAAACUGUGAAAAUAUUAUAAAGAUGAAUGUGUAAAUUGUGUUAUUGUAAUUGGACGAAAAUUUUGAGCGCCUCUAUGUGAAUUUAAAUUUGAAUAAAAUUCUGUGUAUAAUUAGUGAUAUUUCCAUAUUUAUUGACUGAGGCGCCGAGUAACUAAGUGGUUGGUGAUUUUUGUAACAAGUACUUCAUUAAUUAAUAAAUACACAAUAUUAA